CAGGGUAUAUGGUCCGAAGUCGGUCCUUUUCCUUCCAAAUCCCCCACCAUAGAGAGUUUUCGGUUCAUCCUCCUACAUCUCCAACCAGAUAUAUAGAUAGAUAGAUAGAGAGAGAGAGAGAGCAGAAUGGGGGAUUCAGAGGGUUUCAGGCGGUUCGUGAAUCCUUUGCUUCUCAAUCUUCAGAAGAUGGAGUUGGAGUUGACGUGCGCCAUUUGUUUGAAAUUGCUCAAAAUUCCGAUGUUAUUGCCAUGUAAUCAUAUGUAUUGCAGAGCCUGUAUUGCUACUUCGGUGACAAAUGCAUAUGAUUGUGCCAUCUGUAAAGCAGCAUUUCGUGAACAAGAAUUAAGAUCUGCCGUUCACAUUGAGGCAAUUGUUAGUAUCUGCAAAAAUAUGAAUUCUAGCGUCAAUGCUGCUCUCAAACAAGGCCCACAAGUUGAUAUUUCUGACAUAAAGAUGCAUUCAGAUGGAAGUCCAGAUUCAGGCUAUAACAACAUGAAUCUGAAGUUUGAAGAGGAAGUGUUACAUGUGGAUGAGAAAAGGUCUGGUCAUGUGAAGUCACGAACAAGAUUAUUUGGUACAGUGAGUACUGGAAAAUUCAACCAUAAAGGGGAAACUCAUGAACACAAAAAGGAUGCAAGUAAAAAGGUUAGACAAGAAGCUGGAGUCAAUAAAUUUCUUACAGAAAGGCAUCCAUGUAGUCCUCAGUCAUCAGGCUACCAGAAGGAUUCAGAUUAUGACAGCAAUGAUGCUAGAAGUGAACCAACAACUGAAAGAUUGUCCCCUAAAGUUUUGUCCAAGAGGGGUCCGGACAGUGGAGCUUGCCAAAUAGAAGAUGACUGUAUUAUUGAAUCGAAGAAGCAGAAGUUAGAUAAAGUUAAUGAAGAGCUGGUGGAUUGUGCAUUUUGCCAUACCUCAGGAGCCACAGAGGCAGUUGGACCAAUGUUACACUAUCUUGAUGGUGAGCAAAUGACAGAUGACCAAGCUUUGCAGGCUAAUGUCUUACAUGUCCAUCAAAGAUGCAUAGAAUGGGCACCACAAGUUUAUUUUGUUGGUGAGACUGCUAUGAAUUUGGAGGCAGAACUAGCACGUGCGUCAAAGAUCAAAUGCAGCCACUGUGGUUUGAAAGGGGCAGCACUUGGUUGUUACACAAAGAGCUGCAGAAGAAGUUAUCAUGUCCCUUGUGCCAAUGACAUCUCAGGGUGCAGAUGGGAUUAUGAGAAAUUUCUGUUGCUUUGCCCAGUCCAUUCUUCAAAUAAGUUACCAUGUGAUAGAUCAAGUAGCAAGAAGAAGCAAUCAACCAAUAACACACCAUGUCAUUCCAGUCCACGGAUGGAUCAGACCUCAUCCAUGAAACAUCCUGGAGAUGCUUGGACUGCAUCACCUUGCGAGACAAGAGAAUGGAUGUUGUGUGGAUCUGCCCUGUCCAGGGAGGAUAAGGAUGUGCUGGAAGACUUUGUCAGCUUAACUGGGGUAACUGCAACCAGUCUUUGGAACUCGAGCAUCACGCAUGUAAUUGCUGCCACAGAUGAGCAUGGUGCUUGCAGUAGAACGCUUAAAGUUCUAAUGGCCAUCCUAGCUGGAAAAUGGGUUCUACGUGUAGAUUGGCUUAAAGCUUGCAUGGAGGCUGGUCAUCCAGUAUCAGAGGAACCUUACGAGAUCAGUCAUGACAUUCAUGGAUCCUUCGAUGGACCAAGAAAUGGACGAAUGAGAGCCAUGCAAAAGGCGCCAAAAUUGUUUGCUGAGUUAACCUUUUAUUUCAAUGGUUAUUUUAUGCCAAAUUACAAGAAAUAUCUGGAAAAUCUGAUUCUUGCCGCUGGUGGGAGAUUUUUGGAGAAGAGUGAAGUGGUUCCAAUGACGUUCAUCGUCUAUAGUGUGGAGCCCCCGCAAGGAAGCGAUUCAAAUGACCUCAACGAAGUCAUAAGGAAGAGGAAAGAAGAUGCUGAGGCUUUUGCAGUUAAGACAUGCUCUCGGGUAAUAGCCCACACUUGGCUUUUGGAUGCAAUAGCUGCUUGCAAUCUGCCACGAAACAUCUAACUGCUUUCGAGUUAUCUCCUAUGAUUGUUGGUGUGCUUUGAAUUUGUUGUUUGUAUCCAUGCAUGUGAUUUAUUGUUAUGCCACUACUAAUUUAUCCAUGUGUUGAUUCUAGCUAACUU